AUGAAGUCCAAUAAAUUAUUAGCAUUCCUUAUACCCUUAUUUAUGAAUACUUGCUAUGCCGAUAAGAACGUUGAGCAGCAUUUAGCAGAGGGAAACCAGUAUCUCGUCACUGGCAAAUACAAUGAUGCUAUCAUGAGUUUUGAUGCAGCUAUUCAGCAAGACCCUCUAGAUUAUGUUUCUUACUACAAGAGAGCAACAGCCUACUUGUCUCUAGGCAGAACAGCUUCUGCCAUUGACGAUUUUACCAAAAUUUUAGACUUGAGACCAGGUUUCGAAAAGGCUCUCUUACAACGUGCCAAGCUAUACGCUGGAGAUGGUGAAUUCUUGCUCGCCAAGAAGGACUUGAUGGAACACAACAACAGCAAGCCUAACGACCAAGCCAAGCAGCUAUUGGAAUCUGUUGAGCACGCUGAAAAGCAGAGUGUAUUGGGUCAACAAGCCCAUCAAGACAAGAGCUAUGAGCAAUGCAUACAACAUAUGACUGAAGUGAUUCGAAUUGCACCUCAGAAGCCUCAAUGGCGCAUCAUUCGUGCCAAGUGUCAUAUUGGGAAAGGCGAAAUUGAAGAGGCUACCAACGAUUAUACUCGAGUGGCCCAUUUGAAUCCAUCUGAUAAAAAUCUAUUACUGGAAUUGGCUACAAUCAACUUUUUCUCCCUGUACGAGGCUGACAGAGCUUUAACCCAAGUAAAGCAGUGUAUACACUACGAUCCUGAGGAUCGUCAAUGCAAAGGUCUGUUUAGAUUCAUCAAGCGCAUUGAGAAAGAAAUCAAGAAAGCAGAGGAAGCACAACAAGGACAGCGCUACGCCAUUGCACUGAACGGCUUGAUUGGUACAGGUACCAAGCCAGGCAUUGUCAACGACAUUGACGAGCCCUUUGCCUCAUUGGAGCAAGAUCUGCAAGCACCCGCGCUACCCAAGCGACUUCAUCUCAAGAUCUAUUCCAUGGCAUGCGAGCUAUCUGCCAAACAAAAAGACACAGCUAAAGCAGAGAAAUGGUGUCGAUCCACACUAGAAUUGGACGAUCAAAACAAAGAAGCAUUGAUGCAUUUGGGUGAAAUGAAGCUCAAUGCUAAUGAUUUCGAAGGUGCAGUCCGUGAUUUGGAACAGGCAUUUGAAGCAAGUGAACAGCAAGAUAACCAAAUUCGCCAAUUACUGCAACGAGCACAGCAGUUACUAAAGCAAAGCAAGAAGAGGGAUUAUUACAAGAUAUUAGAUAUCUCGAGAGAUGCUGAUGCUCGCACCAUCAAGAAGGCUUAUCGCAAAAAAGCACACGAAUGGCACCCUGACAAGUACAGUGGAGAACUCGAUAAAGACCAAGUAGCAAGUAAGAUGGCAGACAUUAAUCAAGCCUAUGAAGUGCUCAGUGACCCUGAAAAGAGGGAUCAAUUUGACAAUGGCUUUGAUCCUUAUGACCCUGAAACGGCCCAACAGCAGCAAUACGGCAAUCCCUUUGCACAUCAUCAUCAUCAACACGGUAAUCCUUUUGCUCACUUUGCUGGUGCUGGAGGCAAUGGAUUCCCAUUUGGUGGUGGCAGUCAAGGACAGCAAUUCUCAUUUCACUUUUAA